AUGGACGGAAGCGGAACUCCUAAAUUAAGGAAACUCUUGCUCUGGGGAAAUUCCUUGACCUCAUUCCCAGAAUUCAAGAGCGAUAGUCUGGAGGAAAUCAACCUCUCUGACAGUCAAAUCACGAAUGUGGAUUUCGACAAUUGGGCAACUCCCAAAUUGCGGGAAAUCUUCCUUUCCAGCAAUUCCUUUACCUCAGUCCCAGCAUUCGAAAUGGACAGUCUGGAAAAACUCAUUCUCGAUUUUAAUAAAAUCAUGAAUGUGGAGACCGACAAAUGGGCAGCUCCCAAAUUGAAGGUUAUCUCCUUCAACGGGAAUUUGCUGACGACAGUCCCAGGCUUCAAGAGCGACAGUCUGGAAGAACUCGGCCUCAGUUGGAAUAAAAUCACGAACGUGAAGUUCGACAGAUGGGAAACUCCAAAAUUGAGGGUUAUCUCCUUCAACAGGAAUUUGCUGACCAAAGUCCCAGGCUUCAAGAGCGACAGUAUCGAAGAACUCUACCUCGAUGACAAUAAAAUCACGGAUGUGGAAACCGACGGAUGGGCAACUCCCAAAUUGGGGAUACUCUCUCUUGCCGGGAAUUAUUUGACGUCAGUCCCUGCCUUUAAGAACGACAGCCUGCUUGAUAACUUUCCGGAUUCCACGUUAAAUGAAAGCAAAAGUAAGUAUAGAUUAUUUGCAUUUCUUCGUUAA